CAGAGAGGACUCGAGCUGUCUUUCAGUUUUUGCUGUUAGGAUGCUGAUUUUCUAAGAGAGGCUGUAUGUUUUUGGUUUUUUUUAAAUCGUGCUGUGUAUUGGACAUCACAGGCCUCUGGAGACACAGAAUGGGAUAUAGUUAGCUUAUUCCACCUUGUUUUUUUUGUUUUUUUUGGACGCUGAAGGAAUGUCCCACGUUACAGAUGAGUCCUGCCGCCUCUCAGGUGGCCUCCUCGGCGGUGUUUGUGUCUUCAGCCUUUCUCUUUGAAUCCCUGGCGGCACAGCCAAGAAAAGUUCCAAUCCACGGCAUUGUAUAGCUGAUCAGCUUCCCUGGAUUUCGCUGACGACCCCACUUUGUUUCGCCUGAAAAUGGAAACACUGGAGUCGGAGCUGACCUGCCCAAUUUGUCUGGAGCUCUUUGAGGACCCGCUGCUCUUGCCCUGUGCUCACAGCCUUUGUUUCAACUGUGCCCAUCGUAUCCUUGUCUCACACUGCACACCCAGCGAGCCAAUUCAGUCCAUCAGCGCGUUCCAGUGCCCAACCUGUCGCUAUGUCAUCACUCUCAACCAGAGGGGCCUAGAGGGACUCAAACGCAACGUGACACUGCAGAACAUCAUCGACCGCUACCAGAAGGCUUCCCUAAGCGGACCUAACUCACCUAACGAGACCCGACGCGAGCGAGCCGUCCCCGACAGCAAAGCCAUGACAUCUCCCAGUGACCGGGUGCAGUGUCAGUUCUGUGAGCAGGACCCUCCACAGGACGCCGUGAAGACCUGCGUCACCUGCGAGGUGUCAUACUGCGACGAGUGUCUAAAAGCCACCCACCCCAACAAGAAGCCUUUCACGGGCCACCGUCUGAUCGAGCCCUUGCUGGACUCCCAUCUGCGAGGGCUUAUGUGUCUGGAGCACGAGGAUGAGAAGGUCAACAUGUACUGUGUGACAGACGAACAGUUGAUCUGUGCGUUGUGUAAACUGGUUGGCCGACACCGGGACCACCAAGUGGCAGCCCUCAGCGACCGAUACGACAAACUUAAGAAACCUCCUGGCCGCUUUCUCUGUGUGGGGCGUGAUCGUUCACACCAGGAGGCAGACAAGCAAGUCUUGGAUUCCAACCUCAGCAGUCUAAUCAAGAGGACCAGUGAUUUGGAAAGUCUGAUGGGCAAACUUAUCCAAACCUGCCAACAUGUGGAGGUAAACGCGUCGCGACAAGAAAACAAGCUGCUUGAGGAGUGUGACCUGCUGAUUAAUAUCAUACAGCAGCGGAGACAAAUCAUAGCUACCAAGAUAAAGGAGGGGAAGUCUGUGCGGCUGAGGAAACUAGCGCAGCAGAUAGCCAGCUGCAAGCAGUGCAUCGAGAGGUCCUCCUCCCUCAUCACUCAAGCUGACCAAACUCUCAAGGAGACAGAUCACACCCGCUUCCUCCAAACGGCUAAAAGCAUCUGUGAGAGAGUUUCUAUGGCAACGGCAUCCUCUCAAAUCCUGUUACCAGAAAUUAACCUGAAUGAUACUUUUGAUACUUUUGCUUUGGACUUCACAAGGGAGAAGAAAAUGCUAGAAAGCUUGGAUUACCUCACAGCACCAAAUCCACCAAUAAUCCGCGAGGAAUUAUGUACAGCUUCAUAUGACACGAUCACAGUUCACUGGACAUCAGAUGAUGAAUUCUCUGUCGUAUCAUAUGAACUCCAGUACGCCAUCUUCACCAGCCAAUCUAAUGUUGUCAGUUUGUGUAACUCUGCUGAUAGCUGGAUGAUCGUACCAAACAUCAAGCAAAAUCACUACACUGUGCACGGGCUCCAGUGUGGCACCAAGUACAUUUUCAUAGUGAAGGCAAUAAACCAGGCUGGAAGCCGCAGCAGUGAACCAGGGAAGCUCAAAACCAACAGUCAGCCAUUCAAGUUGGACCCAAAGUCAGCUCACCGGAAGCUGAGGGUGUCCCAUGACAACCUGACGGUGGAGAGGGACGAGACAUCGUCCAAGAAGAGCCACAGUCAGGACCGUUUCACCAGCCACAGCAGCUACGGUGUUACGGGAAAUGUCUACAUUGACAGCGGCCGCCAUUACUGGGAAGCUCUGAUAGGAGGAAGCACAUGGUUUGCAGUGGGCAUUGCCUACAAGUCAGCACCAAAACAUGAAUGGGUCGGCAAAAAUUCUGCCUCCUGGGUACUGUCUCGAUGCAACAACUCGUGGGUGGUGCGUCACAACAGUAAGGAGAUGCCCAUUGAGCCCUCGCCCCACCUGCGGCGUCUCGGAAUAUUGUUGGACUAUGACUCCGGGUCUCUGUCUUUCUACGACGCUGUCGGUUCUCAGCACCUUUAUACAUUUGACAUCGCCUUUGCGCAGCCAGUCUGCCCCGUGUUCAACGUUUGGAACAGGUGUUUAACAAUCCUCACCGGACUGCCCAUCCCAGAUCACUUAGAGGGGACAGACUACAACAACUGACAAAACCUGUUGUGCUGGAUUUUCUUUGUGUAACCCGGACCAGACUGUCCGCACCUCACUGACUGUGAUGCCCACGUACUGUUGACAAAAUAAAACACAGUAAGCGAACGAGAUGCACGUGUACAUUCCUAAUCAAGCAUAUGUUGAAAUGAAUUGGAAUUAUUUAAUUAUUUACAAGCAUCUCUAGAUGUAUUUCUUUGCUUUGCACAUUUAUGUACAUUACAUUGUUGGAUGGUUUUAAGGGUUUGCUUACAGAUAUUGAUAUUUUCAAAUAGGCUAUGGAUUUUUUAUUUCUAAAUUCAUAUUACACGCUUUUUCCAGUCAUGUGUUGUUUAGGGUGAGGAUAAACCUUUAAGUGCAAGUUACAAGCUUCAACUUAAAUGUUUCAGGAAGGUUGUAUAGGUUAUUUUAAAUGUAAUGUUUUUAAAAGAUUUUUUAAGUCAUAGCACUUUGAGAAGUUGUCACUAUAAAAUGUAUUUCUAAUACACUUGUCCCAUAAUGCAAAGGUUUCCAUGUCUUUGCUUUGUAAGAUCACUUAAAUAGAUGCAAUAACAAUAGUUAACAACAGUUUCACUUAGAAAUUUUAAUGUGAAAUCACAUUAAUCAGUCAAUUCAACAUGUUUCAAUUAUUUAUUAUCUGUAAAUGCUCGAGUACAGUCCAGCAUUAUGAGAUCAUUCAUCUUCCUAUUGUAGAAGUUUCACAAGAGCUCUACAUCACAAUUUCCACAGUUUAUCUCUGACAAGAUGGAAUAAAAGUGACUUCAUUUGAUUAAA